AGACAAAAGCCAUACGCUCCGGAGCGAAUCUAUUUCUACAGUCGUUGACGCUUAGGCGUUUACGCUUAUAAUUUGCUAGCCAAACGCCAAUGCGCUUAGCGAACGUUGUUUCUACAGCGUCGUACGAUAAAAGUUUAAAUUGUCUAUGGUUUUCGUCUUUCGAACUGUCAAACAAAUUGUCAUUAAAUGUAAUUCUCAGUUUGAGCAUUCAAAACUCAUCAAAACAAAAACUUUGGCUUUUAACUGAAAGUGAUUUAAAAUUAUCAUUGAUACGUAUCAGUAAGUACUUACCUACUAUUUUUUUAUAAAUAAUCGCCGACUUUACAUACUAAUGUUACUAAGGCAAAAUAUACGUCAAUGUACUAAGGGCAAAUGAAGCAGAUUUUCGAAGUAAAAUUUAAUCAUACGGCAUUGUUUAAGACCAUAAUAAUACUGUCUCAAAUUCAUACAUUUAUAAAGAAAAUACAGGGGGAUAACCAUUAGCAAUGAGAUCAUUUCUAAUACCCAUACAUUUGAACAUCCAUAUUUGUGUGUUAUGUUUUCAUAUGUACCUACAAAUGCAAAUAAAUGGUUUUAUAUCCAUAUUUUCAGAAAUGGAGCCAAGGCAAGGGAGAGCGAGCCAGGAACAACAAAUGGCGCUGUUAGAAUUUAUGGAAAACCAUGGUGACUUGGCAAAACCGCAGCCUGGUCCACAAGGGCGGUUGUUGUCAAACCAAUUAUGGACCGACUUAACGGAACUUCUGAACUCCAUGGGUGGGGGGGUACUAAAAUCCACCGAAAAAUGGAAAAAAGUAUGGGCGGACUGGAAAACUAAAACUAAAAAAAAAGCCAUCUUGAUUAAGCGGCACACGUCUGGAACGGGGGGAGGCCCAAGUAAUGGGCUGACCCUCACAGCGCCGGAAGAAAGGCUGAUUGCCAUAAUGGGAGUUAAUGCUGUGGAGGGUCAGCCUAACAUCUCAGAGUUGGGAUUCAAUAGACGUCCAGUGAAUCCAAGUCAUGCAAAUCUAGUGCAUAGAGAAGAUGCUUCGUCUAUCAUCAUUCAAGCUGAAGUCAAUGACCCACAACAGCCUGAGCUCCCCGAACAGUCUGCUGAGCUCCCCGAACAGCCUGCUGAGCUCCCCCAACAGCCUGCUGAGCUCCCCCAACAGCCUCGAGAACGCCAUGCUGCGCCUCGGCGACAGCGACACAGGGAGCUGGAGUCGCCCCAUUCGUCCUCACCCACUACUCCGCAACGAAGAACACGCAGGAGAAGAGAAACGCCGUUUGAAAGGGCGUGUAUGGAGUUCACCAAGAUAGAACGAAGGCGUCUGCAGAUGGAACAAGAAAGGGAGAAAAUGCACCACGAAAGGGAAAUGCUGCGGCUGCAUUUAGAGUCGGAAAGAAUUCAAGUGGCAGUAAGAACAAAUGAACUUCUAAACAGUUUGCUACAAGUCAAUCAAAAUAUUUUAAACGUUUUAGGCGUAUAAUAUUAUGGUGCAUUUUCUCCCUUUCUUUCUCCAUCUGCAGCUACAGACGCCUUCGUUCUAUCUUAGAGAAUCUUAUAGUAUAAGUUGGUUGAUUAUUUGUUAAGAUUUUAAUUCAAAUAUACUAUAGUAGUUAGAAGCAUGUUACUAGUAAGUAUGUCUUUUAGAAGUUUUGAUAAAACUAAAGACUGAUUUUUUUGUUUAAUGUUUUGUUUGAUUCAUUUUAUGUUUUAAUUAAUAUGUGUGAUAGAAGUUUUAAUAAUAAUUAAUGUUUUGUUUGAUUUAUUUUAUGUUUUAAUUAAUAUGUGUGAUAGAAGUUUUAAUAAUAAACAUAAAGACUAUCGUUAGAUUUUCUGUGGAUAAUGUUGAUUAGAACACUGAAUAUGACUUGUUUUUUUGCAUGGUUAUGUGAAAACCCUAGUAUUUAUCAGUAUUUCAUCAAAAUAACAUUUAUUUUAGUAAGGUUGAUUAUUUCAAAGACUUUAUUGUAUGAUGGAUCAGUGUUUAUUUAGUAUUUCAAAAAUAUGAUUAAACAGAAUAUCCAGA